GCGAUAAACAAGGAGUCAGAAGCUCACUGUACAGUAGUGAGAUCAUUUCUUCUUUUCGGAAGACAUUUAGCUAAAAGCCGCGUCCUCCUCUCCUUUUCAUGUAGGAUGCGGGUGCCCUUGGUUACCUAGUAACUCUCACAUCUAUUUGGCGUUCCCGAAUAUCGAGCUGGGACCGCGCAGCGCGCUCUGAUAGAGCUCGUGUGUGUGGUGGAAAGACCUCACGAAAAGGCAAGUAAAGAACGUCAAACGUGCAGCGCUGACCGAGCAGCCCAGCGGAGGAGGAAACUGAAGAAAAAAUAUGAACAUGUGAACGGACUGAAAAUGCUGAAGGAUCUUUAUGUUGGGAAAUGUAAUUCUGAAACGAAUCAAAGUAUUACACUAUAAGGAUAUCUGCAAGGACUAUUUACAACUGCAAGUAAAGUGCACAGAAAUAUUGUAUCCAGAUUUUUCCUAAAGAAAAUACCGGGAUUGGUUGGGGGAAUUUGCAUCUCGCCAAGGCAGACUCAGCUGUUGAUGCUCGACGUUUAGUACAGUGCAACAACGUGCUGCGUACAUGUGGAUACUCUGACUGCAGGCACGGGAUGGAUGAUCUGACAAGAGGAAGAGAGGACAGUGAAUGAAGACCGUAAAGAAAAGAACUACCGCAACUUUUUCAGUUUUAUCUGCUCCAGACUGAUGAGUGGAUCUAAGGGUGCUGGACUGUUGGGCUGAUAGACGGGAAGACAGGGGAAGACAGGGGAAGACAGGGAAGGGAAGAGAAGAGGGAAGACGUUGUGAGCUGAGGAGGAGACCCGACGUGUAUGUUGGUCACUUGCAGUUGUUGCUGAGACUCACUCAGACGGACCAUGUGGUUUUUGCCAAGGAGAAACUGUCUGUUCUCCUCUCAGCAGCAGGACCAUGGGGUCUGGCAUGGUGCCCACAUACCCAGCUCCAUCUCCAGCCUCAGCAUCACCACGUCUUUCUGGAUCCUAACUUUUUCCUGCUGCUUGGUGACCGUCCGAGGCCAGGCCUACCACCCCACUGUGAACACGCAGUAUGGGAAACUCCGGGGGGUGAGAGUGCCCCUACCCAGUGAGAUACUGGGACCAGUGGACCAGUAUUUGGGGGUCCCGUAUGCAGCCUCCCCAGUGGGGGAGAAACGCUUCCUGCCCCCCGAGCCGCCCUCCUCCUGGUCGGGGAUAAAGAACGCCACCCACUUUGCCCCCGUUUGCCCCCAGAAUAUUCACAACGCCGUGCCAGAGAUUAUGAUGCCCAUAUGGUUCUCCUUCAGCCUGGACAUAGUGGCGUCUUACAUACAGGAUCAAAACGAGGACUGUUUGUAUCUAAACAUCUACGUUCCAACGGAGGAUGUCAAAAGAAUAUCCAAGGAAUGCGCCAGGAAACCCAACAAGAAAAUGUGUAGAAAAGGAGGGGCACAAGGCAAAAAACAGCCCGAGGAUUUAUCGGAUAACGAUGGUGAUGAAGACGAAGACAUUCGAGACACCGGGGCCAAACCGGUGAUGGUGUACAUCCACGGGGGAUCCUACAUGGAGGGGACCGGGAAUAUGAUCGACGGGAGCGUCCUGGCCAGCUACGGGAACGUCAUCGUGAUCACCCUGAACUACCGCGUCGGAGUACUAGGGUUCCUGUCUACCGGGGACCAGGCAGCUAAGGGGAACUACGGCCUACUGGACCAGAUCCAGGCUCUGAGGUGGAUCAGUGAGAACAUUGGAUACUUCGGAGGAGACUCCAACCGUAUCACUGUGUUCGGAUCUGGGAUAGGAGCGUCCUGUGUCAGCCUGCUCACCCUCUCACACCACUCUGAAGGUCUGUUCCACCGUGCCAUCAUCCAGAGUGGCUCAGCCCUGUCCAGCUGGGCGGUCAACUACCAGCCUGUGAAGUACACCCGUCUGCUGUCUGAGAAGGUGGGCUGUAACGUUCUGGAUACCCUGGACAUGGUGGACUGUCUGAGGAAGAAGAGUGCCAGGGAACUAGUUGAGCAGGACAUCCAGCCAGCACGGUACCACGUAGCCUUCGGACCGGUUAUAGACGGAGACGUCAUACCUGAUGAUCCAGAGAUCCUCAUGGAGCAGGGAGAGUUCCUGAAUUAUGACAUCAUGCUGGGAAUCAACCAGGGGGAGGGGCUUCGCUUCGUGGACAACGUGGUCGACUCAGAGGACGGGAUCUCCGGCAACGACUUUGACUUCUCAGUGUCGGACUUCGUUGACAGCCUCUACGGUUACCCAGAAGGCAAAGACACUCUGAGAGAAACCAUCAAGUUCAUGUACACGGACUGGGCGGACCGCGAAAACCCAGAGACAAGGCGUAAGACGCUGGUCGCCCUGUUCACCGACCACCAGUGGGUGGAGCCGUCGGUAGUGACGGCGGACCUCCACGCCCGUUACGGCUCGCCAACGUACUUCUACGCCUUCUACCACCACUGCCAGAGUCUGAUGAAGCCGGCCUGGUCGGACGCAGCCCAUGGGGACGAGGUGCCCUACGUGUUCGGGAUCCCCAUGAUCGGCCCCACAGACCUGUUCCCCUGUAACUUCUCCAAGAACGACAUCAUGCUCAGUGCUGUGGUGAUGACCUAUUGGACUAACUUCGCCAAGACCGG